UUUGAUUGUCGACUGAAAGACACGACAGACGGCGCCACCGGUCGCGGCAAUGGCGACGCAACAGACGACGACCUCUUGUUCUUCGUCUUCGAGUUCUUAUUCUUCGACUUCUAUUAGCAGUUCUUCCGCGUAUUUGUUGGUCGAUUCGGGCGCCGCUCUCGCCAACAGAAAGUUUGCCAAAGAUGUCGAUUCAGUGAUAGCCAGAGCUCGCGAUUCAGGCGUUCAAAGAAUAGUCGUUCGAACGACGAAUAUUCAGUCAACAAAAGACGGAUUAAGACUUUCCCGACUUUUUCCCGAAACUCUUGUUUGCGCCGCAGGACUUUCUGCUCACGAAAGCCGUCUUUGGAAUCGAGAAACUGAACAACAAAUCGAAGACGUUUUACGCGCCGAAGAAUGCGUUGCAAUCGGCGAUUGUGGACUCGAUUUUUCGCGGGAUUUCUCGCCAAAAGACACCCAAUUGGAUGUGUUGCGGUGUUUGGCCACUUUAGCCGAUCGAUUGACGACUGAAGGACUUCCGCGCGCUCUUCUUGUCCGACAAAACGGCGCUCACGAAGAACUAGUCGGAAUUUUACGCGAAUUUUGUUCUCGAAUUCCAAUUGUGGUUUCGUUUCGCGGAUCAGAAGUCGAGGCCAAAGAGUAUCUGUCUUUCGGCGCAUUUUUGUCCAUUUCUUCGGUAAAAGAGGAAUCAAUUCAACGAUUAAUUCAAACCCAAGAACUUCCGAUUCAAAGAAUUCUUUUAAUGUCUGAUUCUCCGUUUCAAUGUCCGAACCUAAGAAGUCCUCGAAUUCCCGAAACGGCCAGAACGGCUCUCACCGGUCGCUCCAUGUCUUUUGUCAAUCGUUACUGCACUUUCGCGCGGAACGAGCCGUGUUCUGUGUCCGCUUUGGCCGAACUGGUGGCCGGCCUUUCGGGUCAAUUGGCCGAAGAAGUGGCUCUUCAGACGACAUUCAAUGCGUUGAAAGUUUUGGGUCUUUCAGUCAAAUGAAAGAAUUGUUUUUGAGAUUAAAUCUUUGGAUCAAAUGAUGGAUUGUUUUCAAAAUUCAUUUCUCGAGACAACAAUUAUUUUCAUUGAUUUUUUGCUGACAUUUAAAGAGAG